AUGCCACCUGUUGAAGAGACACUGGCCUGCUAUCUCUCCAUGGGGGAGACAUCUUCUCUUAAGAUCUGUGGCUCAUCUGUCUGUUCCUGUCUUCAGCAGAAUCUUUUCUUCAUCAUCAUCAUCAUCAUCAUCAUGUUCACUGUUGUGUUCAGUGUUGAAUGUGGGUCACAAAACACCUACAGCUGUGUGCUCAACAAUCCCAUCAGCAACCAGACUCAACAUCUGGACAUCACUCAACUCUGUCACACAUGUUCAGGUGUGUUUGCUGAUUCAGAUGCAGUGAAGUCAGUGUCAGUGAUGGAGGGAGAUUCAGUCUCUCUAGAAUCUGGUGUUACUGAACUACAGGCACAUGAUCUGAUAAUGUGGACAUUUGGACGUCCAGAGGCUCGUAUAGCUCAAAUCAAUAAACAGGCUGGAAUCCUUUCGACAUAUGAUGGUCCUGAUGGGAGAUUCAGAGACAGACUGAAGCUGGAUCAUCAGACUGGAUCUCUGAGCAUCACAAACACCAGAACCACAGACUCUGGACUUUAUCAAGUAAUCGAUGGCAUGACACUGACCACACACAGAUUCAAUGUUACUGUCUAUGCUCGUCUGCCUUGUCCUGUCAUCAGCAGAGACUGUUCUUCAUCUUCAUCAUCAUCAUGUUCACUGUUGUGUUCAGUGUUGAAUGUGGGUCACAUGACUCUCUCCUGGUACAAAGGAAACAGUUUAUUGUCCAGCAUCAGUGUGUCUGAUCUCAGCAUCAGUCUCUCUCUACCUCUGGAGGUGGAAUAUCAGGAUAAAAACAGCUACAGCUGUGUUCUCAACAAUCCCAUUAGCAACCAGACUCAACAUCUGGACAUCACUCAACUCUGUCACACAUGUUUAGACUCUGUCCGCGGUUGUGGUUCUACUGAAGCUGUGAUCCGAUUGGUCGUCACUGCUCUGGUGGGCGUGGCUGCUGCUGCUGCUGUUGUUGUUCUGGUUUAUGACAUCAGAUCCAGGAGAGAUGAACAGGAU